AAAUUAUCUCACGUGGAAAUUGUUUACCAGAAGUGAGGAGGUAAAGUGACAAUUCUCUCUCUCUCUCUCUCUCCAACACUGUUUCUCCAACACUGGUGGCUCUACAACACUGCUACAAGGUUCACCAACACUGCCAGACUCUCCUGCAACACUCACACACCUGCAACACUGGCAGAUAUGGCUGAAAGUGAGAAGUUUGACGGGAUGUUGCUGGCUAUGGCCCAGCAACACACUGCUGGUGUCAUCCAGCUGUUGGACACUUUCUUCAGCUUCCUUGCCAGAAAAACUGAUUUUUAUACUGGAGCUCCACAGGAAACUAGUGAAAAGAUGGUAAUGGAGAAAUUUAGGAAGUACCAGAGUUUGGCAUUAGCUGAACAAGAGAAGAAAAAGGCUGAAUAUGAAGAGAUGGAGAGGAGAAAGCAGGAAAGGAUGAAGAAAAAGGAGUUAGAUGAGAAAAAAUUAAAUGCUCAGCCAAAAAUUAUAGAACUUACAGAUGAUGAAGCCAGUGAAUUACAAAAAAAUUUGUCACAGGAACCUGCAAAGACUAAAGAGCCUGAGAAAGUUGAGAAAAUGGAUGAUGAUGAUGAAGAAGAAGAUAAAGGAAAGCUUAAGCCAAAUGCUGGGAAUGGCUGUGACUUGGACAAAUAUCGUUGGACUCAAACACUACAAGAAGUUGAGGUAUGGGUGCCUCUGGGAAUGAAGGUUAAGUCUCGGGACGUGGUGGUGGAGUGGGGCAGACGCAACAUCAAGGCUGGCCUCAAGAACACCACUCCCAUCAUCCAAGGUGACCUUUAUAACGAGGUCAAGGUCGAAGAAUGCAACUGGUACCUUGACAAUGGCAACACUCUUGUCCUCACACUAGAGAAGAUCAACAAGAUGGAGUGGUGGACCCGCUUGGUAACCACAGACCCAGAGAUCAACACUCAGAAGGUUAACCCAGAGCCUUCAAAGUUGGGUGACUUGGAUGGAGAAACACGAGGAAUGGUUGAAAAGAUGAUGUAUGAUCAACGGCAAAAAGAGAUGGGAUUACCUACUUCAGAAGAGCAAAAAAAGCAAGAAGUUCUUAAGAAAUUCAUGGAGCAGCAUCCAGAGAUGGACUUCUCGAAGUGUAAAUUCAAUUAAAUGUUUGUAUUGUACUUAAGUAUUAAAGGUUGCUGAUCCAUUUAUUGUAAUUUUUCACUUGAAUUUCACUUGAAUUAAUUUUUUAAUUUUAUUAUUAUUUCACUAUUUGUAAUAUAUUGUUAAUGGUUCACAUUCAUAACUCAUUCCAAACACUUUUCUUGUUAAAUAAAUAUUGGUCAAAGAAGAGUAAAAGUACUUACUUUUCUCCACUUAAUUUUUGUAAUAAAUUAACAUUUUCAUUGUGAUUACAUUUUCUAAAUAUCCUAGUAAGCUAAGUAUGUUAGACUGACCCUAACAGUAAAAAAGAUGAAUAACUUAGUGGGUAAAGUUAUACAAUGGUGUUUAACACAAGCAGGAGGUACAAUGGUUGUGGUCAACGAAUCAACGAAUUUGAGCUACAGUACCUUUUUAAUCCUUGGAUGAAACUGAAUUCUCUCUCACCCUUCCCAGUGUCCAGGUGCUGUAUGAGUCUUUUAAAGUUUAGCAUUUAACCAUGAUAAGUAGUAAUAUAAAUUAGUGUCUAUACUUGUUAGUAAGUAUAAUGGUGUAGUUAAACAGGAGAUAAAUUUUCAUAUGAGGUUCUCUGAUAUAUAGUUCAGUAAACUCUUGAUUUAAAUGACCUCAAUUUAACAGGCUUCAAAUAUACUGGGCAGAUUCUACUAUGUCAGUUGACUCAGAAAUAUUAAAACCCAUUGAUUACAGAAGUAUUCAUUAUCGUUACUAUCACAGCAAGACAAUCUCGUCUCUGUCACCAUAAUUGUCAUUACCAGCCACUCACUUUCCCUACUAGUGUGCUAAAUCCAGAGUUUACUGUACUUGUACCUUCUGAGAGGCAACUUUGCUUCAUAAUACCAUUGGCACCAGAGCUAUGCAUUCAGUCUGGCUGAAAAAUCAGUUACUUCUAUUAUAGCAAAUUCCAUCUGUAUUUAUUGGGUGAAAUUAGUCAUAUUACUUCACUAACAGUAUUGUCAAUAGUGAUUUUCUGUUUAUCAAUAUUUGUGAUCUAGGCAUACAGUAAUUUUUGUCAUUUAAAAUUAAAUUUAAAAACAAUAAAGUCCAAAAAUCAUUUUGAGUCUUACGAAGACCUGUUAACAAAUAUUACCAUGCAAAUAAGAAAUACUGUAUGCUUAAAACUAUAAAACAAAAUUACCUUCACUACCACUUGUCACUGGUGGUACCGGUGCGUACCUUUCGUCGUCUCUCACAUAGAUCUAUGUUUUGGGGAAUGGUGUCUCUCAAGUAGAUAUACAUUUUAAUCACAGUGCCUGAGAGAGAGGUAAAUUUUGACCUAGACAUUAUUAUUAUCAUGGGGGAGAACUAGACCCAUCGGCAUUAUACAGGGCGUAGACAUGAGAGAAUGUGUCAGUGUGGUGGGUGUGCACAGUGUAUAAAACAAUCCUGCCCCAUACAAUGCAUGAUGGGAACAGCUAACCUCUGAUCUUGUGUUUGGGUUAAAUAGUAACUUUUGGGUAUUAUCCUGAGUGGUUUUCAUGGUUUCAUUAGCUGUUUCUUGAUAACCCAGAAGACAUACUAGUGAACUGGAGAUGAUCAGGUCUGAAGGUGGCGAUAAAUCCUCAAAUUAGUGGAAACAUUUGAUUUUUGCCAAUUUUCCUGUGAAAGGGUCUGUUUUAUGGGUUUCUAAUGGGUCUGCUUCAAUUUGGAAUGGCCUAGCCCAUGACCAAUCAUUUAUGGUUUUAUUAGCCAAAACAGAGGGUUAAGCUUUUUUUUUUUUGGUGUUUUCAAAAUGGAAGGCAGGUGACUGGGAAAUACAUUUUAACUGUUCAUGACUAGGCCUUUUCAUUUUUAUUGUAGUUUUUGUAAUUACAGUGUUGUCUGCAGGGAUCUCAGGGAACUUUUUGACUGAUGCAGGUUAUUUUAAUUUUUGAAUAAUAAUGUUUAUUUGUUUUUAACACAUCAGCCAUUUCCCACUGAGGCAGGGUGACCCAAAAAGAAAGAAAAUCCCAAAACGAAAGGAAGAAAACUUUCAUCAUUCAACACUUUCACCAUCACUCAUACAUAAUCUCUUGUCUUUGCAGAGGCGCUCAGAUACGACAGUUUACACAGUUUGUGUUGUGUGUUUAAUUCAUAUUAGUACAGUAAAACCUCGAUAUAUGGACUGGGAUGUAAAAGACUUGUAAAAUUAUGGUUAAAAUCCACUGUUCAAAUUGUACUUUUAACUCCUUUAUUUUCAAUGUUAAUUGCAGUAUUUCUAUAAAUUGUGUAUGUUACUGUGUUAGGUAAACAAAGGAGUACUUUAUUGCAUUUUUUGCUAUUUUUUUUUUUUUUUAACAUUGCAAUGGUCCCUUGAGGUACAACAUUAAUGCGUUCCAGGUAAAAUAUUAGUGCAUUCCAGAAGAUGUAUCAUGCCUCCAAACUAUUGUAAUUCAAACCCCAAAAUACAUUGUUUUUAUGUAAUGCAUUCCAAGACCCAGAAGUACAACUUUUACUGUAUUUGCACGCUGCUAGAUAUAACUUGCAGGCACUAUCUCCCUUCAUCUGCUUCUCUUCUAUUCAGUCUUUCCAUCUCUAUGAUGAUUUCGCUGCUCUUUUUCACUAGCUGAGAAUUAUCGGUGACUUUAAUAUUCUUUAUUAUUUCUAUUUGCUUGAUAAUACCAGAGAUUAUUGCUUGUGAAAAGCCAUACUCUCACACACCAAUGCAUUAUUUUCUUGCUUCAUUCUCAGAGGAAUGGCUGGUUUACUGUGCAUUUUAGGGGUCAUGGUGACUUGUUAAUGCAAAAGAUGGUGUAAUUAUAACAAAAAUGCAUUUAUGAAAGGUAAAUAAUCCAGAAUUAGUUUGAAAACACCAGUAAUACCUCCAUACAGUAGUACAGUAGAAACUCUGCUAUUGGCUAAGAUGCUACCAUACAGACAUUCAUUUCCUUUGCUGGUUGGCUGCUAAGCCAGCCUCACAAUCCUAUUGGCUUAGAUGCUGUCAAAGAGUCAAGCUACCGGAUCACUGGUUAGAUAAGGCCCACCCGUGCCUGCUGACCAUUAAUAAUGUAAUAAUAAUAAUGUGUAUGUUAAUGCUUUCAGUUUGAACCUACAAACAUAAAACAUUAACAUGACAAAUGAGAUGAGAGUGUAUGAACCUGGCUGUGUUGCCAAGCAUAAUAAUUAUAAUAAGCUUUAUUUCUACAAGUACAUAAUACAACUAUUACAGACCUAGCUGACAACAUUGACAUUCUGGUAUAUAUAGAAAGUCCCUGGUUAUGCCGAGUGGGGCUUGAACCCAUGGUCAGAGAGUCUAAAAACUCCAGACCAACGAGUUUUAUGACUCUGACUGCAGGUUCAAGCCCCACCAGUCAUAUGGUUUGUUUGCAAUUGUUUUUUUUUUUUUUUUUUUUUUUUUCAACAAGUCGGCCGUCUCCCACCGAGGCAGGGUGACCCAAAAAAAAGAAAGAAAAUCCCCAAAAAGAAAAUACAAUUGUGUCACUACAAUUUCAUGAGCUAUGCAGAGUAUCACUUCAAACAACUUAUUUUUGUUUCCCAGGAUGUAACCCACAGCAGUUGUACCAUCGUAUCCAUAUUGUAUAUCCAGUUUUUUAUUGCAACUCAAAACAAAAUUCCUUUAUUUGGGUAAAUUGUAAUUCCAAAUUAUCACAACUCCAGGGACCACUGUAUUCUGAUUUAACAGACUCUCGGACAAUCCCCUCUUUUAGCUCUUUAUUUCGAGGGUUAAUUGUAGUUCUUGUUUAAUUUUAUUCAAGGGUUAAUUGUGGUUCUUGUUUAAUUUUACCUUUGUUUUCUUAAAUAUUUCAUUUAUCUUUUUUUGUUGUCAAGACUGCAGAAUGAUUAUAUGCUCAGAUUCCUCUUCAUAUUUCAAAGCCUGGCCUAGAGCCAGGCUGCAGGAGUAAGUAAACUCUUUAUAUCAAAGGUACACUUAUGGUUCCACUAAUAUUAUUUCGCAUCUUCAUAGUAGACAUAGACAGGAAUGCUAACCACAGCUUUGUGUCAUCUUUUGCAGAAGAUACCAAAAUAAAUAUGAAAGUCAUCUCAGUAAAAGGUUAGAAGAUUUACAAAUAGGAUAUCACCACAGUUUUCCAAUGGGAAACAGAAAUUAUGAUGUUCACUGUUGACAGAUUUCAACGAGUAGUUAUGGGCUGAACAAAAAUCUCAAAACAAGCACAAUAUUCAAAAAAUAGACAGACCAUGUCAGAGAACAUAAGAAACAGGUAACAGGCAGGAAUAAUUAGGCUAGUUAGGUCAUUUGGAAAGCACAGUAAGGCAAAUGCACCAAAAGUCAGAAAAAUAAAAGGGUAAGUUAUGAGAACUUUCAAAAGAAGAGAAGCAUAAGUGACUUUUCUAGUCACUUGUGCUCUCACAACUUGAGUAUUGUUCUGUGCUCAGUGUGUCUUUCAGGGCAGGAAAGAUAGCUCAGCUGUAAAUUAUGCAGGGGUUAUAUACUGCUCACAGCAUCAGCAAAACAUCAAUUCUAUUGAGAAUGCCUCAGAACACUUGGAUUUCUGUCUCUGGAGUGGGGAAGAAAGAGAUGUGAUAAUACAUGGAAGGUUCUACAGGGUGUAGUCCAUAACUUGCAUAUUACUUUAACAACUUAUUGGAGUGAAAGAUAUUGGAGAAAGUAUGGAACAAACUCAGUGUAGCAAACCAUAGGUACAAUUCAACAACACUAGAUUAACAUCUGUAGUCCAAGAUGCAUUAGCACACUACCAGCUGAUAUCAGAAUGCUACUAGAGGUUUUCAAGAAACUAGGCAGCUUCCUAAUACAAAUGCCAGAUCAUCUGGGUUGUGAUGGCUGUGUGAGCCUGCAGGUCAGUAGCACUAACAACCUGGUUGACCAGCCAGUUAACUGGGAAGCCUGGCCUUGGUUUGGGCUGCAGGGGCAGAAUAACCCUCAAAACUGGUUAUAGUUAAAUUCCUCAUUUCAGGACCUUCGUCACCCCCAAUGUUGGGUCACUUUAUAAUGGUGGCAGGGUCUGAGUGGUAUGUGUAUAUGACAAGAACCCAACAAUCCUUUUUUCUUCCAUCUAAAUAGAUAAGAAGAUCACUAGUAGCAUCAUUGUGUUUUUUUAGUCUAACUGCAAUUGGGCUAAAAGCCAUUCUUCCUUUAUUUCUCUCAGUAACUCUUCAACUAUGUAUUGCUUAUUCCAGACCCCUGUGAACUUUAUUUAAAAUCUCAUGGUCACCUCACUGACAUGCUUACUCUACCUGCCCUUGUCUCUAAAAGUCUACAUUGUACCCUUUCAGUGGCUGUCACAUAGAUCUGUGUUUUGAGCACAGCUCCCUCAGAUAAGAGAGAAUGAGUCUGUGGCAAGUAUGCAAAGUAUAAAAAAAAUCCUUCCCCCAUGAAGUGCAUAUUAGGAAAAGCAAAACUGACCUUGUAUUUGAGUUGUUGUCUAGGAUGAUUUUUAUGGUUAUUUCUUGUUAUUAUUUGAUAGAAUGGAAGAUAUACUAUUGAAAUAGACAUGAUUUUGUAUUAUUUCAGGACUGAAAGUGUAUGUAAUUGGGCUCAAAUUAGCAGAAAUAUUAAGAAGUUGGUGUAUAUUCAUGACCUCUUAACUGAAACUGAAUAACUGCACUUACUGUGAAUUCCUUCUUUUUUGAAUUUGUUCACCCUUAUCACUUCUGCCUCUUUUCAUUUUAAUGUCAGUUACCCAUCUGUCAUGCUGCACUAAAUGAUCCACAGAUUGAAUGUUGUCUUUAUAACUGUAUGAUCUCCUAAAUAUUUGUUGCAAAAGAAAAGGGUUUUCCUGUUUAGGGAUGUACAGUAUUUCGGAUUUGAAGUGGAGAUUCUUGGCUUCAUAAUGAACAGUUGGCUGCUGUGAAGGCUAACUUAUCCUUGGAGAUACUCAUCUUUCUUCUUUCUUUCAAUGCAGCGGCCAUAUCCCACUGAGGCAGGGUGGCCCAAAAAGAAAAAGAAAAGUUUCUCUCAAAUGUAUACAGGUGAAGGGGUUGCUAGCUCCUUGCUCCCGACAUUUUAGUCACCUCUUACGAUAUGCACGGGUUACAGAGGAAGAAUUCUGUUCCAUUUCCCCAUGGAGAAGAGAUUCUUUUUUUUUAUUUUUUAUUAUCACACUGGCCGAUUCCCACCAAGGCAGGGUGGUCCGAAAAAGAAAAACUUUCACCAUCAUUCACUCCAUCACUGUCUUGCCAGAAGGGUGCUUUACACUACAGUUUUUAAACUGCAACAUUAACACCCCUCCUUCAGAGUGCAGGCACUGUACUUCCCAUCUCCAGGACUCGAGUCCAGCCUGCCGGUUUCCCUGAACCCCUCCAUAAAUGUUACUUUGCUCACACUCCAACAGCACGUCAAGUAUUAAAAACCAUUUGUCUCCAUUCACUCCUAUCAAACACGCUCACGCAUGCCUGCUGGAAGUCCAAGCCCCUUGCACACAAAACCUCCUUUACCCCCUCCCUCCAACCUUUCCUAGGCCGACCCCUACCCCGCCUUCCUUCCACUACAGACUGAUACACUCUUGAAGUCAUCCUGUUUCGCUCCAUUCUCUCUACAUGUCCGAACCACCUCAACAACCCUUCCUCAGCCCUCUGGACAACAGUUUUGGUAAUCCCGCACCUCCUCCUAACUUCCAAACUACGAAUUCUCUGCAUUAUAUUCACACCACACAUUGCCCUCAGACAUGACAUCUCCACUGCCUCCAGCCUUCUCCUCGCUGCAACAUUCAUCACCCAUGCUUCACACCCAUAUAAGAGUGUUGGUAAAACUAUACUCUCAUACAUUCCCCUCUUUGCCUCCAAGGACAAAGUUCUUUGUCUCCACAGACUCCUAAGUGCACCACUCACCCUUUUCCCCUCAUCAAUUCUAUGAUUCACCUCAUCUUUCAUAGACCCAUCCCUGACAUGUCCACUCCCAAAUAUCUGAAUAUAUUCACCUCCUCCAUACUCUCUCCCUCCAAUCUGAUAUCCAAUCUUUCAUCACCUAAUCUUUUUGUUAUCCUCAUAACCUUACUCUUUCCUGUAUUCACUUUUAAUUUUCUUCUUUUGCAUACCCUACCAAAUUCAUCCACCAGUCUCUGCAACUUCUCUUCAGAAUCUCCCAAGAGCACAGUGUCAUCAGCAAAGAGCAACUGUGACAACUCCCACUUUAUGUGUGAUUCUUUAUCUUUUAACUCCACGCCUCUUGCCAAGACCCUCGCAUUUACUUCUCUUACAACCCCAUCUAUAAAUAUAUUAAACAACCACGGUGACAUCACACAUCCUUGUCUAAGGCCUACUUUUACUGGGAAAUAGUUUCCCUCUUUCCUACAUACUCUAACUUGAGCCUCACUAUCCUCAUAAAAACUCUUCACUGCUUUCAGUAACCUACCUCCUACACCAUACACUUGCAACAUCUGCCACAUUGCCCCCCUAUCCACCCUGUCAUACGCCUUUUCCAAAUCCAUAAAUGCCACAAAGACCUCUUUAGCCUUGUCUAAAUACUGUUCACUUAUAUGUUUCACUGUAAACACUUGGUCCACACACCCCCUACCUUUCCUAAAGCCUCCUUGUUCAUCUGCUAUCCUAUUCUCCGUCUUACUCUUAAAACUUUCAAUAAUAACUCUACCAUACACUUUACCAGGUAUACUCAACAGACUUAUCCCCCUAUAAUUUUUGCACUCUCUUUUGUCCCCCUUGCCUUUAUACAAAGGAACUAUUCAUGCUCUCUGCCAAUCCCUAGGUAUCUUACCCUCUUCCAUACAUUUAUUAAAUAAUUGCACCAACCACUCCAAAACUAUAUCCCCACCUGCUUUUAACAUUUCUAUCUUUAUCCCAUCAAUCCCGGCUGCCUUACCCCCUUUCAUUUUACCUACUGCCUCACGAACUUCCCCCACACUCACAACUGGCUCUUCCUCACUCCUACAAGAUGUUAUUCCUCCUUGCCCUAUACACGAAAUCACAGCUUCCCUAUCUUCAUCAACAUUUAACAAUUCCUCAAAAUAUUCCCUCCAUCUUCCCAAUACCUCUAACUCUCCAUUUAAUAACUCUUCUCUCCUAUUUUUAACUGACAAAUCCAUCUGUUCUCUAGGCUUCCUUAACUUGUUAAUCUCACUCCAAAACUUUUUCUUAUUUUCAAUAAAAUUUGUUGAUAACAUCUCACCCACUCUCUCAUUUGCUCUCUUUUUACAUUGCUUCACCACUCUCUUAACCUCUCUCUUUUUCUCCAUAUACUCUUCCCUCCUUGCAUCACUUCUACUUUGUAAAAACUUCUCAUAUGCUAACUUUUUCUCCCUUACUACUCUCUUUACAUCAUCAUUCCACCAAUCGCUCCUCUUCCCUCCCGCACCCACUUUCCUGUAACCACAAACUUUUGCUGAACACUCUAACAUUACAUUUUUAAACCUACCCCUUCAUACUAUACACUCACAAAAUCUACUGUGUGUGUAAAGGUGAGAAUAUUUUUGAUGUUAUUGUAGCAGAAAUGUACAAAUGAAAAAUUCUUCUUUUUAACAUUAAUUUUAUCAAAUUAGUUAGCUUCUACAGUUUUAAAUAAAUCAUUUGCUUCCCCAAGCUUUUAGACAUGUGCUUGAUUUUUUGAAGCGAGGUGUAUUGUACAGUCCACAUUGCAAAGUACUAGUUUUGAAGCCUGUUUAUUAACACUUACAGCUUUUUAAUUCAUUGUUCUUACUCAGUAAAAUAGCUUAUUAUUAAAAAUCUACCAAUAAUUUGUAUUUAAAUAUUUUCAAAUGUUGGUGCAAUAAUAAGAGAAAAUUUGUUUUGAAGUUGCUUUUCUUUGCUAGUCAGAGAAGACAACACUUAAUACCGAAGAAUCCUGGAAUCAUCACUUAUCUGUAUAUCCAACAACAGCUUCUGUAACAUAGCUGAACCAUUUGCCAAGAGACUUCUUCAAUGCUAUCCCACAUAAGAACGGAGGAACACCGCAGGUCUACUCGUAUACUUGUCUAAUCAUUUUUUAAAGCUACCCAAGGUCCUAGACUCUAUCACCCUACUUGGAAGAUUGUCACAUGCAGCAUUCUCCACCUGACUCCAUCCUAUAAAUACUCAUGUACCUUCCACUCAGGUAGAUCUGUUUGUGACUUAUUAAAGCCCACUGUGUGGGUGAAACAUUGUCAAUAAAGGAUCACAUUAUA